AUGCGCUUUGCCUCUUCCCUCGCGCUGAGCACCCUCGCGUUUGCCGCCUUGUCACACGCAGCAUUCAUCAAUCUGCCACCGCUCUAUUCGUGCGAACCCGCAACGAUCCAGGUGCUCGCUAAAGGCAAUUACACCCUGGAAGGGCGCGAACUCGAUUCGCACAAAGUCUACUUCCAUCUACGCGUCCAAAAGGGCGUCUCCAGUGUCACUUGGGAUGCUGUCGACCUCGCAGCCGAUGCUACCGCUCUCAUCUCGGUCACGGACCAGAUCUCUGCCAGUCAGACCGCCGUCGGUUCCGUGCAGGCGGUAAUCCAGCCCAACCCGUCCGGCAACACGACCUGUCUGGCAUCCGACAAAAAGGGUAAGAACCACACCAGUGCCAAGCAGAAAAACAUGGUCCCCACCAUCAUUGGUAUCGUUCUCGGCGCCUUUUUCCUUCUUGUGCUGCUCCUCGUCGCUGGAAUGAUGUACAGGCGUAAAAAGGAAAAGUCGCAGAAGAUCGAAGAGGACAGCGUCGAUCUCAGCCACAACUACACUCAAGCCGGCGGCAGCUACAUGGCCCGUCUCGUGCCCGGCUUGAAGCCGGAAGAGGCAAGACCACUACCAAGGGACCACAAGCUCGAGUCGGAACAGGCCAACUAUGCUUCAACCCGCAGAGGGACACAGUACUACAGAAAUGGCGCUGGUGCUGCUGACCUGGACAACAGUAAUGCUGCUGCUCCCGCAAGCGGAGGUGCAGGCAUCGCCGGCUACGAACUGCCCAAUUACAACCAAAGCCAGCGUCACUCCAGGCUAGCCUCGAAUCCUCACCAACAGCCGUACUCGGUGUACGCUCCUAAUCAACAGCAAGAGCAACAACAGCGUUGGCAGCAACCAGCCCCCGUGCCAGCAGCAGCCGACCCAUUCGCGUCUCAAAACGACCUCCCCGGCUGCUAUCAGCUGCCCCACCAGAUGUAUCGACAGAACAGCUGGCAACACUCUCAGACGUCAUUCUUGGACAAGCAGAACUCUCGAUGA